AUGUACGGAAGAGAUCCAUGGGGAGGUCCAUUAGAGAUCAACGCAACAGACUCAGCAACAGAUGAAGAUCGUAGCAGGAAUCUUCAAGAGCUAGAUAGAGCAGCGUUAUCUCGUCCUUUAGAUGAAACUCAACAGAGUUGGUUGUUGGGUCCUACUGAACAGAAGAAGAAGAAGAAGUAUGUAGAUCUGGGGUGUAUCAUUGUUAGCCGCAAGAUCUUUGUUUGGACUGUGGGGACUAUUCUCUGUGCUGCUGCUCUUGCUGGUUUGGUUGUUCUUAUUGUUAAAACUGUUCCUCGGCAUCAUCAUAAACAUCCUCCUCCGGAUAAUUAUACUCUUGCUCUUCAUAAAGCUCUCAUGUUCUUCAAUGCACAAAAAUCUGGGAAACUUCCGAAGCAUAACAAUGUUUCUUGGAGGGGAACUUCGUGUAUGCAAGAUGGAAAGGGCGAUGGUGUGUCUGCUGCAAUCAAGGAUCUUGUUGGUGGAUACUAUGAUGCUGGAGAUGCCAUCAAGUUCAAUUUUCCGGCUGCUUUUUCCAUCACUAUGUUGAGUUGGAGUGUUAUUGAGUAUAGUGGUAAAUAUGAAGCUAAUGGGGAGCUUGAUCAUGUCAAGGAAAUCAUUAAAUGGGGUACUGAUUAUUUUCUUAAGACAUUCAAUAACACCGCUGAUACUAUUACCACUAUUGCCGCUCAGGUUGGGAGUGGAGAUACCUCAGAUGGAAGUACGACUCCCAAUGAUCACUACUGCUGGAUGCGUCCAGAAGACAUUGAUUACGACAGGCCAGUCACCGAAUGUCACAGUUGUUCAGAGCUUGCUGCAGAAAUGGCUGCUGCCUUGGCUGCUGCGUCCAUUGUUUUCAAAGACAACAAAGCCUAUUCCAAGAAACUUGUUCAUGGUGCCGGUACACUUUUUAAGUUUUCCAGGGAUCAGAGAGGCAGAUACAGUGCAGGUAGUUCUGAGGCUGCGACAUUCUACAAUUCUACUGGAUACUUUGAUGAGUUUGUUUGGGGAGGCGCAUGGAUGUACUUUGCAACUGGAAAUAACUCGUACCUUAAGCUUGCUACUAAUCCCGGUAUUGCUAAACAUGCUGGUGCUUUCUGGGGUGGCCCUGAUUACGGAGUACUGAGUUGGGAUAACAAGCUUGCUGGUGCACAGGUUCUUCUUAGUCGUUUGAGGUUGUUCUUGAGUCCUGGGUAUCCAUAUGAAGAAAUUCUAAGGACCUUCCACAAUCAGACAAGUAUAAUCAUGUGCUCCUACCUACCAGUUUUCACAAGCUUUAACAGAACCAAAGGAGGCUUGAUUCAAUUAAACCAUGGUAGACCUCAGCCUCUCCAAUAUGUUGUCAAUGCAGCCUUUUUGGCUACCCUAUACAGUGAUUACCUAGAUGCCGCCGAUACACCUGGAUGGUAUUGUGGACCUAACUUCUAUUCAACCGAAAAACUCCGCGAGUUUGCCAGGACACAGAUUGAUUACAUCCUUGGGAAGAAUCCGCGGAAAAUGAGCUAUAUUGUAGGUUUUGGUAAUCAUUAUCCAAAACAUGUCCACCAUAGAGGUGCAUCUAUACCAAAGAACAAGGUUAAAUAUAACUGCAAAGGUGGAUGGAAAUGGAGGGACACAUCAAAGCCAAAUCCAAAUAUACUUGUUGGUGCCAUGGUUGCUGGUCCUGACAAGCACGAUGGUUUCCACGAUGUUCGAUCAAACUACAACUACACAGAGCCAACACUUGCUGGAAAUGCUGGUUUAGUAGCAGCCUUAGUCGCACUAUCAGGUGACAAAAGCAUACCGAUUGACAAAAACACCCUUUUCUCUGCUGUUCCACCAAUGUUUCCAACACCACCACCACCUCCAGCACCAUGGAAACCAUAA